AAAGGCCCAAAACUGCGUCGGUGUCGGAGGCGGGUGGCGCGCCACUGUCAAAGCCGCACCAACGAGAUUUCAGUUUAAAGAAUUCGCAAUAAACAAUUCAAUGGCCGCCUCGUGGUCGAAUUUAUUCGAGCACAAUCAUUUGUAAUGAGUGGAACAAUUCAGAAAAUUAGAGGGCGUCCACUUUCUGACUAAACAAAUACUCAUAUGAACAAGAACAGGAAGGCUCUCUCCAUUUUGAUGCGUGCUAGAAUGCGUCCACUUUCCCCCACCACCAACAGAAUAAAUCAAAUGCAAUUCCCGCCAAUCGAUGGCGUUAGGAACGGCAAAGUUUCUACUUCUCAGGAGGCCUCCGCCACUCUGCACACAGAUUUUCUGAGAGUGCAACAAUCGAUGCAUGCUGCUAUGUCAAUGAACAAGACAGAGAUUCUAGAUGUUGCACUAGAUGAUUUUUCUGAGGGUUACUAUGGCCUUCCCAAUGAGAACCGUCGGGCAUUAUUGUUGACACUUGCUAGAGAAUAUGAUCUUAAUCGGAAGCAAGUUCGUGAUUUGAUGAAACAAUAUCUUGGACUUGAACUUCCAAGCAGCGAUAAGCUGCUGGAAAAUGCACAUGAAGGCGAGGGAUCAUUCUCUGCUUUCUACAGGAUCGAGCGGAAUUUGAGGGAAUCGCUCAAGCCAAUGUAUGAAGUUCUUUUUGAACGGCUGAACACACACCCAGGAGGACUAAGAUUCUUAUCAAUUAUGAGGGCCGACAUACUAUCUUUUCUCGCGGAGGAGAAUACUGCCGUGCUGAGAGCAUUGGACUCUUACUUGAAAGAGAAGCUUAUUACAUGGCUCAGUCCUGCAAAUCUUCAGCUUCAUCACAUAACUUGGGAUGAUUCAGCAUCUCUGUUGGAAAAGAUUGUAGCACAUGAGGCAGUACAUCCAAUCAGUAAUCUUUUAGAUCUGAAGCGAAGACUGGGUAUGGGACGCCGCUGUUUUGGGUACUUACACCCAGCGAUUCCAGGCGAACCAUUAAUUUUUAUUGAAGUUGCACUCAUGAAGCACGUGGCUCAAACAAUACAGGAAGUUCUAUGGGAUGAUCCUCCAAUACCUGAAUGUGAGGCAACAUGUGCACUUUUUUACUCCAUCUCUUCUACUCAGCCAGGUUUAUCUGGAAUCAACCUGGGAAAGUUUCUUAUAAAACGUGUGAUUGAUGUCGUUAGAAGAGACAUGCCAACAAUUUCAACAUUUGCGACACUUAGUCCUAUACCAGGUUACAUGCAAUGGAUUUUGUCAAAACUGGCACCCACUGAAAUAUCUGAUUCAACUUUCAGUGAGAACUUGCUAACACCUGAAGAAGAAAGUGCACUCCUCGAGGCUACCGAAGAACUUACCAUGGGAAAAAAUGGGAUGGAAGUAUUGCGGAACUUGUUGUCAUCAAGUGAAAAGUGGAUUAAUUCAGAAAAGUUGGCAUCUCUGCUGAGAAUUCCUCUAAUGAGGCUCUGUGCCAGGUAUCUUCUUCAAGAGAAGAAGAGAGGAAAAGCUCUGGAUUCUGUUGGAAAUUUUCACUUGCAAAAUGGAGCGAUGGUUGGAAGGAUUAAUUGGAUGGCAGAUCUAUCCGAAAAGGGUCUAAAGCAAAGUGCGGGCAUAAUGGUGAACUACAUUUAUGAGGUGGAUCAUAUUGAGGAAAAUGCUCAGUCGUAUUUUGGUGAUGGGGAAAUUGGAGCUUCUGAUGAAGUCAGAUCCUACCUUAAGCCACGUCAAGAGGAUCACCAAGAAGAAAUAAAAGAAUAGAAGGUUGGUGAAUGCCUCAGCAUCUCCUCUAAUAGUAAGCAUUUUUCGCAAUAUGAAGGUAUAUAUACCGAUGUUUAUGUAAGAAUUAUUCGUCAUUUGCUUAUGAGAAGCUAUGGCCUGCAUCUGUAUAGUUUACUCCAAACAAGUAGGAUUAAAAAUCAAGCUGCUUAAUUAAUCCCAGACUUCUCUGCAGGCUUGUAUUUAACAAAUCUGGAUAUUUUUUUAAUAACAUAUUUGUAUUUGCAAAA